CAGCAGCCUGUCAGCAGCAGUAGCAGAAAGGUUAUUGGUGUGUGGAUGUAGUGUCUGUGGAGCGCUGUGAUGCCCCUGGAGGUCAGAUGGCCGUUCCCACAAUGCCCUGCUCUGGCAUGGAGGAUCUCCGGCACACUGGUCAUGGGGAUGGUGGGCUCCUAUUCCUACUUCUGGACCAAGUACAUGAAUUACUUGACGGUCCACAACCACGAGGUUCUGCUGGACCUGAUUGACCAGAGACCGUCUGACACGCCCCUCAUCACUCUGUCCAAUCACCAGUCCUGCAUGGACGACCCUCACAUCUGGGGUGUACUAAAGUUCCGACACUUGUGGAGCUUCAACAAGAUGCGAUGGACUCCAGCAGCGUCAGACAUCUGUUUCACUAAAGAGCUGCACUCACGAUUCUUCAGCCGUGGGAAGUGUGUUCCCGUCUGCAGAGGCGACGGUGUUUACCAGAAAGGGAUGGACUUUAUUGUGGACAAACUGAACAGAGGAGAGUGGGUGCAUAUUUUUCCAGAAGGCAAAGUCAACAUGACUGAAGAAUUUAUACGGUUAAAAUGGGGUGUGGGUCGGCUAAUAGCCGAGUGCUCGCUUAAUCCGAUUGUCCUGCCACUCUGGCAUGUGGGUUUGAGUGACGUUCUGCCGAAUAUGAAGCCGUACGUUCCUCGCAUCGGCAAGAGAAUCACAGUCCUGGUGGGGAAACCGUUCAGUGUGAAAGAGCUCGUUGAAUCCCUGCGAGCUGAGAACAAGAGUCAGCUGGAGAUGAGGAAGACAUUGACUGACUUCAUCCAGGGGGAGUUUCAGAGCCUGAAGGCCCAGGCCGAGGUCCUCCACGGGCAGAUCCAGACCGGAUCCUGAUCCCAGCUGUCCUGCACUCCUCACAGCCAGCAGGACUCAUGGUGCUUUACACUGAGCUGAGGGUAAAACCUCUAACUGUAGGCAGUCCACACACACACACACACACACACACACACACACACACACACACACACGGCUGCUUUCCUUUCUCUCCUAGAGAAAACACACCGACCACGGAGCGCUGGAGGAUGAUUUCUUGUGGUGUUGAGGGAUCAGGAUCACUAUCACUGGAAACAACAAACUGGAGGCUCACUUCCAUUAAUGCUGAUGCAACAGAAACGUGUUUGUAAAUGUUUAAAUGCAGGCGUUAUGUUUUUUUUAUUUACUUUAAUAUAGCAAAUGCAUUAUUCAGCGUCUGUGAGAGGCUCGGAUCUACCGGCCCAGAACAGAUGGGGUGAACAGAAAAUAGACUGAAGGAUGAUCGAAUAACUUGAAUUGAAAAAAGUAUGACGAAUUAUCAUCAGUGUUACUUAUUUAA